UCUUCACUGAGAAUUCCAGGAGUAUUUUAUUUUUCAGACUGAGGAGCAGAGACGUAAAAGCUUUGGCAUUAAUAUGUUGGGUACUUUUUCCCCCCCCAUGAAACGUUCAUUUCUCCACCUUUAAGAAUAUUGCUGAGGAAAAAAAUGUGGGAGGGAUAGAGUGAGACACAGUAAGGUACAAGCUGCAACUUACUGUAGGUGUCAACUGUUCCUACAGAAAGCUGAGCAGUGGAAGUCAGCAGCUUGCAGACUACAGCCUGGAUUGCUGCACUUUCAGCGUGAUUAACAUGCAGUUCUGAUUCUGCAAUGCCAGUGGUCAUGUUGCCUCAUUCAAAUAUUUAGAGGUGCGUUCAAGACAUCUGCUAAAGGAAAUCCCAGUCAGGGGAAAAGAAAGAUCUCCUUGGUUUUCAUUAGUAUCCAGUUUGACUGCAUCUUGCUUGGAGGAUCUGUCAGUAUGACCUCUGGAUUGGUGUAUAGUCUUCUUCUGUUCCUUUGUUUCGCAGCCUUUCAGGAGUCGCAGGCAGCUCAGAACUGUCUAAACAAACAGCAGCUCCUGGCUGCAAUUCGGCAAAUGCAGCAGUUCCUAAAGGGUCAAGAGACACGAUUUGCAGAAGGAAUCCGUAUUAUGAAAAGCAGACUCAAUACACUGCAGAACUCUGUCAACAAAGGAAGCCCUGAUCCACAGCCAGUCUCUUGCCCAGCGCUGGAAGCCCCUGAUAAUGGCAAAAUGUUUGGCUCUAAAUAUCUUGAAGAUCACGAGGUUCACUAUACAUGUGAUGUUGGCUACCAGCUGACUGGUCCCAGCAGCAGGCUGUGUCAGCAGAAUGGAAGCUGGACCGACACUGUACCUUAUUGCAAAGAUAUCAGGCAUUGCAGCAGCCAGCCCUGUCAAAACGGAGGAACGUGUGUGGAAGGAACCAGCCAAUACAGAUGUAAUUGCCGUCCAGAGUGGAAAGGAUCCAACUGCCAGCUUAAAACACAUACAGAACCACCGGAGAGGCCAGUAGAAAGUGAUAGCUCUUUAAGCCGCAAAGCAGUCUGUACAAGGAUUGAUCGUACUCAGCACUGUAGCUGUGAUCCUGGAUUCCAAAUGAGCGGCACACCAGAAAAUAGUGUAUGUCUAGAUGUGAACGAGUGUGAGGUGUACAAGGUGGAAGGAGCGUCGCGACUUUGUGUGCACACAUGCAUCAACGUUCCUGGCUCCUAUCGGUGUGCUUGCCCUGCGGGGUAUAAGCUACUUGGUGAUGGCAAAAACUGUGAAGAUAUAGACGAGUGUGGUUCUGGACUACACAACUGCACCAAACUCACCAUGUGCAUAAACACUGCCGGAAGCUUUCAGUGCGUCCUUCCGGAGUGUCCAAAACCCAGUGGGAAUACCAGCUACGUGAAAACAUCACCAAUCCAAUGUGAGCGGAACCCUUGCCCUAUGGACAGCCGGACAUGUCAUCAUGCACCAAAGACCAUCUCUUUCCAUUACCUCUCACUACCCUCACACCUUCCCACUCCAGUCACUCUUUUUCGUAUGGCAACAGCGUCAGCUCCAGGACGUCCAGGCCCAGACAGCUUGCGUUUCGGAAUAGUAGGAGGAAACAGCAGAGGUAAUUUUGUAAUGCAAAGAUCGGAUCGACAGACAGGAGAACUGAUUCUUGUUCAAAGCCUACAAGGACCUCAGACCAUAGAAGUGGAUGUGGACAUGUCUGAGUACUUAGACCGUAUGUUCCAAGCUAAACACGUCUCUAGGAUCACUGUCUUUGUUUCACCAUACAACUUCUAAAAUGAAAGUGACUGGUAAUGUAAAAGAAUGUACAAUAAGAUAUGGAACAUCUUGUGAAAGACAAUAAACAACUAAAAAAAGUGGUUUCCAGUAUGGACAAUGGAACAGAAAUGGAAAAUCUACUAGUUACACCAAAAACAUAGAAAUGCUUUUAUUUACCUCACUACAGUUGAGCUUGUAAGACUGCUUCUUUAUAUGAAUGCACUAGAGCAUGCAUAUCAUAGGAUUGUACAAUACAAUAUGUCUUGGUUGAAGCUUCAAUCAACAGUGUAAUUUGAUAAUGCCUCAAUGAUGUCACUAGUUCCUAGUGGAUUGAUAGGUUGCACUCUUGUGAACAAAAUGGCUGCCUCUACCAUGGAGGAGACACUAUAGUGGUAUAUGGAAGGCCAAGGUAUGCCUCCCCUCCCCUUCACUCUAGAGCAGGGGUGGGGGACCUUUUUUCUUCCGAGGGCCAUUUGGAUAUUUAUAAAAUCCUUCGGGGGCCAUACAAAAAUUCUCAACUUAAAAAAUUACCCUGCCCUCCAGUAGGUCUGCCCCUUAGAGGUACUGAGUGUGUGCGCCGAAGGCGCGCGCGCCCAAAAAAUGGGUGUGGCUAGUUAAAAUGGGACGUGAUACACAUAUGCCCCCAAUAGUGCAGUGCCAGAUCCACAAUUGCCCCCACAGUGCCAGGUAUACAAAUGCCCCCACAGUGCCAGGUAUACAGAUGCCCCCACAGUGCCAGGUAUACAAAUGCCCCUCACAGUGCCAGGUAUACAGAUGUCCGCACAGUGCCAGGUAUACAGAUGCCCCCACAGUGCCAGGUAUACAGAUGCCCCCACAGUGCCAGGUAUACAAAUGCCCCUCACAGUGCCAGGUAUACAGAUGUCCCCACAGUGCCUGGUAUACAGAUGUCCCCACAGUGCCAGGUAUACACAUGUCCCCACAGUGCCAGGUAUACAAAUGCCCCUCACAGUGCCAGGUAUACAGAUGACCCCACAGUGCCAGGUAUACAGAUGCCCCCACAGUGCCAGGUAUACAGAUGCCCCUCACAGUGCCAGGUAUACAGAUGCCCCUCACAGUGCCAGGUAUACAGAUGCCCCCCACAGUGCCAGGUAUACAGAUGUCCCCACAGUGCCAGGUAUACAAAUGCCCCUCACAGUGCCAGGUAUACAGAUGUCCCCACAGUGCCAAGUAUACAGAUGACCCCACAGUGCCAGGUAUACAGAUGUCCCCACAGUGCCAGGUAUACAAAUGCCCCUCACAGUGCCAGGUAUACAGAUGUCCCCACAGUGUCAGGUAUACAGAUGACCCCACAGUGCCAGGUAUACAGAUGCCCCCACAGUGCCAGGUAUACAAAUGCCCCUCACAGUGCCAGGUAUACAGAUGCCCCCCACAGUGCCAGCUAUACAGAUGUCCCCAUAGUGCCAGGUAUACAGAUGUCCCCACAGUGCCAGGUAUACAAAUGCCCCUCACAGUGCCAAGUAUACAGAUGACCCCACAGUGCCAGGUAUACAGAUGCCCCCACAGUGCCAGGUAUACAAAUGCCCCCCACAGUGCCAGGUAUACAAAUGCCCCCCACAGUGCCAGGUAUACAGAUGUCCUCACAGUGCUAGGUAUACAGAUGCCCCCACAGUGCCAGGUAUACAAAUGCUCCUCACAGUGCCAGAUAUACAGAUGCCCCCACAGUGCCAGGUAUACAGAUGCCUCCCACAGUGCCAGGUAUACAGAUGCCCCCCCCGUCCCCCCCAUGCUGCUUACCGCUCCUUUCGGCGGGACACGGAGGAGAGCGCGGCUAUGUUGGGCGGCGGCGUAUAGGACUUGAAACCAGCCGCCGGUUCG